AUGUCCCUGUCCAGAGCACUCAACUUCACGCCUCGCCAACGACGGACAUUCGUCUCCGCCCUCUUUGGGCUCACAUUCGUCGCCUCUGUCAUCACCGUGUCGGCAUCAAACGUCCUCCCAUGUCCCGCGCAUGAGCGCGGUCGUUUCGCGGACGGAGAGAACCGAGACGGAGAGAACGGGCGGCGCAUGGUCACGGUAGUGGAGAAAAGGCCCAGGAGGUGGAUAGAGGAAACGCAUCCCAGGCAGUCCUGA